GAGAACGCUAAAGAACAAGCUUUGGGGCCCGACCUACUUUGUAACAGCAGAGGUUACAUCACACGGGGUCCAGCCCUAAAUGUGUGAUAACAGCGGUGUGGGGGGCUACCCGUGCUGGCUGUAUAACUGUGACAUUGGCAUGAUACCUUUUAUACUUGUGUGUUUGCUGCCGUGACAUCUCGCAGGGCUUUAGCGCGACAGUUCUCCAAGGAAAAAAGAAAGACGAACUGUCCAGACUCUAGUUUUUUUUUAUAACACGGACAUACCAACUUUAUAUACAAUAUGUCCUGCACUUGCACAUCUGCUGCGAGAGUUCUUCUAAACACAGCGCAGAAAGGAUUGUCAUGUUCUCGAGUUCAGAUCUUCGCUCUCAGCAGACCAGUGUCCCGGGAAGUACAUCUACCUCUUGCGGUACGCGUGAGAUCGUUCUCGGAGACCGCCGUGUGUUUUGCCUCAAAAGAGGGAACGCCAAAGGACGGCUUCGGUGACGGUGGGAAGAAGAGCGCGAGCGAAAGCAGUGGAAAGCGUUCGUCUGGUUCCGGGGGCACGGGCAAAGGAGGUAGCCAGCUGCGUUGCCCAAAAUGCGGAGACCCUUGUACACACGUGGAGACGUUUGUUUCAUCCACUCGUUUUGUAAAGUGUGAAAAGUGUCAUCACUUCUUCGUGGUGCUGUCUGAGACGGACUCUAAGAAGGGCCUAAACAAGGAACCAGAAUCCGCUGCUGAGGCCGUUAAAAUGGCUUUCGCUCGGAAACCUCCUCCACCCCCUAAAAAGAUCUACGCCUACCUCGAUAAGUAUGUAGUUGGCCAAUCCUAUGCCAAGAAAGUGUUGGCAGUCGCCGUAUACAACCAUUAUAAACGCAUCUACAACAAUAUCCCGGCCGGAGGACGACAGCAAGUGGAAGUGGAGAAGCAGAACUCCCUCACCCCACGGGAGCUAGAGGUGAGAAGACGGGAAGAUGAAUACAGAUUUACAAAGUUGCUUCAGAUCGCUGGGAUCAGUCCCCAUGGCAACGCACUGGGAGCUUCCGUGCAGCAGCAGGCCGCUCAACAGGCUCCUCAGGAGAAAAGGGGCGGGGAAGUGCUGGACUCCGCCCACUCCGACAUAAGACUGGAGAAAAGUAACAUUGUGCUUCUAGGCCCUACUGGAUCAGGUAAAACGCUGUUGGCACAGACCCUGGCUAAAUGCCUGGAUGUGCCCUUCGCCAUCUGUGACUGUACCACUCUCACCCAGGCCGGCUACGUGGGUGAGGACAUCGAGUCCGUCAUCGCCAAGCUCCUGCAGGACGCCAACUACUCAGUAGAGAAAGCCCAGCAAGGCAUAGUGUUUCUGGAUGAGGUGGAUAAGAUUGGCAGUGUGCCUGGAAUCCAUCAGCUCAGAGAUGUGGGAGGAGAGGGGGUUCAGCAGGGCCUGUUGAAGCUGUUGGAAGGAACCAUUGUCAACGUUCCUGAGAAGAACAGCAGGAAACUCCGAGGGGAAACAGUACAAGUGGACACCACCAACAUCCUGUUUGUGGCAUCGGGAGCCUUCAACGGACUGGACCGAAUAAUCAGCCGCAGGAAGAAUGAAAAGUACCUGGGUUUUGGGACGCCCUCUAACCUGGGGAAGGGUCGGCGUGCGGCGGCGGCCGCUGACCUGGCCAACAGUACGGGGGGAGAGGUGGAUGCGGUGGCGGAGAUGGAGGAGAAGGAUCGUCUGCUGAGGCACGUGGAGGCGCGGGACCUCAUUGAGUUUGGCAUGAUCCCCGAGUUUGUGGGUCGUCUGCCCGUGGUCGUCCCACUGCACAGCCUGGAUGAGGAAACACUGGUCCGGAUCCUGACCGAACCUCGGAACGCCGUGGUGCCUCAGUACCAGGCCCUGUUCAGUAUGGAUAAGUGUGAACUCAAUGUGACGCCUGAUGCUUUACACGCCAUUGCCAGACUGGCUCUGGAGAGGAAGACAGGAGCCCGAGGACUUCGAUCCAUUAUGGAAAAGUUGCUGUUGGAGCCCAUGUUUGAGGUACCUCACUCUGACAUCAUGGCAGUGCAGCUGGAUGAGGAGGUGGUGAAAGGGAAGACAGAGCCGCGCUACAUCAGGGCACCUGCAAAGGAGGCUGCAGAGGAGGAGUAUGACUCCGGCAUUGAGGAGGAGAACUGGCCCAGACAGGCAGAUGCAGCGAAGAACUGACCUCUCCCUCCGCGCUCAGUCAUUUCAGUCAACUGAACUCUUUUACCAAUUAGAAAGAAGUGAACUGUAGAACAAUGGCUAUGGAGACAAUAUGCUAAUUCCUCCUCAGGAAGGCCAAUCAGCAUCCAGGCUGGACCAGAGGGGGCGUUAGUUAGGCCUAGAACCUUGCCCUGAGGAACAUCAGCUUAGCAAACGACCGUUUGUAUCUUUUCUUCACCUGUUGGUCCCAUGUAUGUGAUAACCUGAAGAGCAAAAAAAAAAAACAAAAAAAAAGAAAAGAAAAGAAAAAAAAGAAGUAAAAGGAGGUUGACUGACUUUGUGAACCCCUGUAGCUUAUUUUCAAGCUUUUUUGGGGAGGAAUGUUAUGAUUUUUAAUCAAUCUAAGGAUAAUUCAGUUAUAUUCUUAAUAAGAUUUGUGGGUAAUGUUGUUUCCUCUUUCUGCUCUCGGUGAGUGUUGACAGUGAGGGGAGAGAGGGGUUGUCUCGAGUGGGAUCAUGUGAUAAAGGGUUGAAGGCGUACAGCCCGGAAUGUUCCGUUUUAGUCUUUUUAUUCAUGUGGAACACCAUCAGCUACUCCACGGCCCUCUACGCAGGGACCUGAUAUUCCAUAAACACAUCGUUGGCGUGAUGUUUUCCCACCAACGUUUUUUUUUUGUUGUUGUUGAUGUUGUUGUUGUUUUUUUCUUUGGUUAUUUUUUUUUAGAAUGGUAACCUCAUUGAUCAUGUAAACCGAGGUGUAAAAUGAAGCUCUGUUAAAAAAAAAA